AUGCUUGAUUCUGUAAAACGUGUAAUAUUAGUUCUUUCUGGUAAAGGAGGUGUCGGAAAAUCUACAGUUAGCACCCAAUUGGCGCUAACUUUAAAAGAAAGAGGUUAUAAGGUUGGAUUACUAGAUAUAGAUUUGUGUGGGCCUAGUGUUCCAUACUUAUUGAACUUGGAGAACCAAAAUGUACACCAAGGACCUGAAGGAUGGAUUCCAGUCUAUUUAGACAACGAACAGAGGCUCGGAGUGAUGUCAAUAGGUUUCUUACUAAGCUCCCGAAACGAUGCCGUAGUGUGGAGAGGACCAAAGAAGACAUCGAUGAUAAAACAGUUCUUAGAAGAUGUUUGCUGGCAGGAACUUGAUUUCCUUGUUAUUGAUACUCCUCCAGGAACUUCAGAUGAACACAUCACAGUGAUGGAGAAUCUCCGUCAGGUGCCACAAUGUGGUGCUAUAAUAGUAACCACACCACAAGAAGUUGCCAUAGAAGAUGUGCGCAAGGAGAUCACAUUCUGCAAAAAGACUGGCAUACCUAUCCUUGGUAUUAUUGAAAAUAUGAGUGGAUAUGAGUGCCCAAACUGCAGUGAAUGCACGAACAUCUUCUCAAGUGGUGGUGGGAAGUCACUAGCAGAUAUUGCCAAAAUACCGUUCAUGGGUAGUGUGCCCAUAGACCCCAGGGUUGGGAAACUGGCAGGCCAAGGGUUAGCAGCCAUCAAGGAACUACCGGACUCCACAACAAGCAAAGUGUUCAGUGAAUUAGUCAACCAAUUAGCUCUGAAUGGCCUGUGA